GAUAUCUCCCUACUAUAACUCCAACUUCAAUCUAAAAGUAUAAAUUAGUGCAGUUAAAAUUUUCCGAACCUUCUCUUUUACUUAAUCAAGAUGUUUUGGUCAACUCUACUCCUUCUAUUUGUUAUUAAGGCACUAAAAGCAGAUCUACAAUCUUGCGGUGGUCUAGAUCCAAUCGAUGUCUGUCAAUAUGACAUUACUAAAGUGUAUGUCCCAUUUGAUGAAAUUCAACUUGCAAGGUUUUGUUACAAUGUUCAAAAAUACUACAAAUGCGUCAAAGAGCACGAAGAGGAAUUUCCCCCAGAUGAGCAAGAUUUUUGUGGACAUGCUUUGGUACUGAAGAAAGCGCAACCUCUACUGGAAGAGUUAUGCGACAGGGAUACUCAACUCUACAAAGAGUAUCUGAAACAUGCCCCCUGCUUCAGUCACGUGACAAUAUACUACGACGAAUGUGAGUAUUCUGCAAGAAAAAUGGCUAGUCUGUAUUAUAAAGUAGCCGAAAAUACAGCUAAAGCUGAAAGUUUGAAAUUCUGCAUAGCUGGUACUCAACUUCUGCACAGAUAUUCGAACUUGGUUCAAGACUUUUGUGGAGCAGAUGGAUUGAGAUUGUACAAUGACAUCAUCAACCGAUCUCACUUUUAUCUUCUAUACUGUAACACUGAAGAACACCACCAGAAGUCUCUGGAAGGCGUCGCACAAAUACUGGAAGGUAUUGUAACAGGAAAGAUUAAGAACAGAGAUCUCCAAAUGGAUUAUGCAGUUGAAGUUCGUAAAUUUGAAAUGGAGACUGGAGGUGGAUACCAUAUAGACCCAUAGGAUUUUGCUUUUUGAAGAACGAUGAAUGUUUUAACGUUAAAAUUCGAUGCUUUUAUCUAACUAAUAUAAAAUAAAACUUUUCUUCC